CCACCGCUGCGACGAGAGAGGAGCACAGAGAUCUCUCGUUCGUUUUUCCCGGAAAAUCUGGGAAAAAGAAGAAAAUUUCCCAUCGGAUCCUCGGAGAAAAUUCGACUCUCUAGUCCACGAAUUUUUUUUUUCACCUCUCUUUCGUUAAUCGCUUGACGCCUAAUUCGUCAUUCUCUUCCCCCUUUUUCAUUGUUAAUCAUCUCUCCCUCACCGUUUUUCGAUUUUCUCUAGCUGAUGAUGAAAUUCUGAUCAGAUCUAGUUUUAGAAUAGGUAGGAUUCUUCGAGAGUUAAUGUUUAUGGAUCGAGAGAGAAGGCUUUCUGGUCGCAAUGGGACUCCAGAAUAUAGCAACGGGAAAUUCCGCGAUGACAAUGGUUACGGAUUCUUAGAUCGAUCUGAGAAUUGCCGCGAGAGGAGUCCUUCUAGAUCUUCUCCGUCGAAGAUCCUCCGGAUCCCGUCGCCGACCUCUUCUCCUCCACCUUCCAGUUCUUCCCCGCCAUUUCCUGGUCCAAACUCUCCCGACCGUGGCUAUAUCGAGCACCGCGUCUCCAAGUUCGAUACACUCGCCGGCAUUGCCAUUAAAUACGGCGUUGAGGUCGCAGAUGUCAAAAAGAUGAAUGGCCUUGUUACUGAUCUUCAAAUGUUUGCUCUCAAGUCUCUCCAGAUCCCGUUACCUGGAAGACAUCCUCCUUCUCCAUGUUUAUCUAAUGGCUCCUUAAACCAUGGAGAGGGAUGUUCAUGCCACGAACUGGAAUCACCAAACCAUAGCAACAACGACGUGUUUGACUCAUUCCAGUCCCUGAGAUUGAAACCUUCGGAAAAGAAAGUUUCUCCAGCCAUGUACUCACUGCAAGGUUAUUAUGGGCUAAAGCCAGCAAACAGAACAGUUUCUGAAGGAGGGUGCUUCGAAAUGGGACAUUACAAGAUAGAAACUUCUCAUCGUCUCUCGAUCAACGGUGACAAUCAGUAUCUCAGACCUUUCCCAUCCACAAACACUCCCUUGAACCAUCACAGGAAAUCAAGAAGCUUGGUCAAUGCACUUCUCGAAGAGGUCAACCAAUCACCCGAUAACAAUACCCACCAAGAGCAGAAUUCGGAUAAGUUUAUAAGAAGACGUCAAAAAUCUGAAGCCGAUUUUACAUCCCGGACUCCAGAACUUCUAUUGAAAGAAGAGAACAGUAGCAGCAAUGGCGGGUUUUUAUCAAUAGCCGGAAAAGGAUUAGCUUUGAGAUCGAAAGCCUCAAGCAGAACCAAUCUAUCAGCAGAAUCUGAGACCGGUAAUUUCAAUCCGGUACCAAUCAACUUGAUGGAUGCUCCAGUUUCAGACAGCUUCAGCAGUGUAAGAAAAUCGUCGAGUGCAUCGAGUCUACAAGAUCCAGACGGUAACAGCAGUAACGGUUCAUUGUCUCUGUGGCCAACUUCUAAAUGGAGCUUAAAACCUGAUUUGCUUACACCUGCGGCUAUUACAAGCUCUAUUUUUGAUGGAUUACCAAAGCCUUUAACGGGUCGGAAAAACAAAACGGCUAUGGACUAAACAAAAAGGUCAGUUUCUCGUUAUUUAACUGCCCCAUUCUUUUUGAAAUUAUACAAAUCAAAAGCAGAAGAAGCUAUUUAGGCUUAAUGCGGAGUAAAUAGAAGUAAGAAAGAUAUUAGAGAAAAUUUCAAGGAAGAAAGAAAACCUUCCAAAUUGAAAAUUAUGAAGAAGGAAGAAAGAUUGUGAUAGUGAUGUAAUAUGGUUCCUUUUUUUUUGUAAGUUAUCAAAUAUCUUGUAACAUUUUCUGGCUCUGGGUGAAGGUUUUAU